AUUAAUCGAGAGAUUUCGGCCUGUCGGUAGGGGUCACACUUCUUUUUUGCCUACGGAAAUAAAUAAACGUAUUUCUCUUAAAAAUGAGCCAUAGAUAAAAGACUUGUGAAUUAAGUUAAAUGACGCACAGGAAGACCUACAAUUGGGUGCUAAGAAUUUAAGAGCGAAAAUUGUGGUCCAGGAAAUAUUGGAAAGGCAAUCUGAGACAACAGCUGUCGGUCUGCUGGAAGCUGGCGAAAGGUGAACCGAGUUCAUUGUGUUGUUGGGCAUUACGUGUGCGAGCAUCCGUCUUUCCUUCUCUCCCUUCUCAUCUCCUUCUUCUCGAGUGGUCGGGAAGCUGCCAAAAAAAAUAUACAAAAAAAGAAAGAACACGCUGCUCGGCAUAAUCAAUUAAAAUGCCUAGGAAUCUGCCGCUUUUUCCGCUGGCUCUUUGCACCAUCGCCUUUUUGGCCGCCGUUGGUCCAAUGCCCGCAAUCGGAGCAGUUGCAAACCAUAAGCACGAGAAGCAUCUUAGCAAAGAAAGGGUCAAGGACGGUAUCUAUGCCCCAAGGGAUGCGCACCACCACGGCGAGGAUGGGGAGCACAACGUGGAGUUCGAUCACGAGGCCAUCAUUGGCAAUACGAAAGAGGCUCAGGAAUUCGACACACUUACGCCAGAGGAAUCCAAGAGACGUCUACUGAUACUGGUCAAAAUGAUGGACCUUAAUAAGGACGAAUUUAUUGACCGGCAUGAGUUGAAAGCCUGGAUAUUAAGGUCUUUUAAAAAACUUUCUGAGGAGGAAGCCGCUGAUAGAUUCGAAGAAAUAGAUCAAGAUGCGGAUGAGAAAAUAACCUGGAAAGAGUAUCUACAGGACACCUACGCCAUGGAAGACGAGGAUUUCAAAAAGGAGACCAUCGACUUUGACAGCUACGAGGAUGAGCAAAAGAUGAUCAAGCAGGACAAGGAGAUGUUCAAUGCGGCCGACACGAAUAAAGAUGGAGUUCUCACCCUAGAGGAAUUCGUUCUGUUCCAAAAUCCCGAAGAGCAUCCGCAGAUGUUGCCCAUACUGCUGGAGCACACGAUGCAGGACAAGGACUUGGACCACAAUGGCAAGAUCAACUUCCAAGAGUUUGUCGGCGAUGCAGCCUCCCAGCACGACAAAGAGUGGCUGAUCACGGAGAAGGAGCGAUUCGACAAGGACCACGAUACCAAUGGCGAUGGCGUGCUCACGGGCGAUGAGGUUUUGUCCUGGAUUGUGCCGAGCAAUACGGCGAUUGCCAACGACGAGGUCGAUCACCUGUUUGUCUCCACCGACGAGGAUCACGACGAUCGGCUGUCCUAUCUCGAGAUACUCAACAACUACGACACCUUCGUGGGCAGCGAGGCCACCGAUUACGGGGACCACUUACAGAACAUCAACCAUCUCUCCGACGAGCUGUAGAUCCCGGCCAACGCGCUAUCCUGCUAUAGUGAACCUGUGCUUAGUAUUGUACUUCAUUUAAAUAGUUAGUAAAUUUAUGUUUUAUUUAUGUAAGUUCAAGUGACAAUUGCAAAUCAACAUCGCUUAAUUGUUUUGAGCGCUUCAACGAAUUUCAUGUCCAUGUCUUAUUUCUGGUUCAUCGAGUACCAAUUACAUUAUGUGUAAUAAUUUAUAUAGACACCAAAAAAAAGAAUCUACAGAAAAUAUAAUAAAUGAUUUUUACUAAAUUAUUUUGGGUAAUAGGUGCAGUACCUUUACAUGUGUUUUUACAAUUUCCAAUUGCUUGACUUGCAAUUUAUGACUAGAAAUGUUUCCGUCUUAAUAAAUUACAUUAAUUAAGCUUUA